AUGCAAUUCUCAUCAAUCAUUGCUUCAUUAGCCUUAGUUGGAUCAAUCUCAGCUAAAUUCCACAACACCACUGGUGGUGCUGGUGCUGUCUCAAACUCAACCGGUGGUGCUGCCGGUGCUGGUAAAAACUCAACUGGUGGUGCCGGUGGUGCUGGUAACGGUACUGCUGGUGGUGCUGGUGGUAAAAACUCAACCGGUGGUGCUUCAUCAGGUAACGCUGGUGUCGUUGCUAACACUAACAUCUAUGGUGGUGCUGCUAUUGUUGCUGCUGCUGUUGCUUUAUUAUACUAA